AGUUAACAUUCUUAUAUUCAUUUUUGGUGUGUAAAUGGACAAACAACAACAAUACAAACGUGUAUUUAGCCAUUUGGACAAAAAUGGUGACGGCAAACUAUCGCCACCGGAGCUCCAAGUUUGCAUGGGGAAGAUCGGUGAAGAGUUGUCGUUGGAGGAGGCGGAGAUGGUGGCACAGUUGAUGGACUCUGACGGUGAUGGGUUGUUGAGCUUCGACGAUUUGGUUAAAGUGGUUGAAGGCGCAAAUGAGGAUGAGAGAGUGAAUGACUUAAAAAUGGCUUUUAAGAUGUACGAAGAAAAAGAGGGUUGUGGUUGUAUAACUCCCAAAAGUUUGAGGAGAAUGCUUAGUAAAUUAGGCGAGUCGCGAACCGUCGACGAGUGUGAGUUGAUGAUUACGACGUUCGACCUCGAUGGCAAUGGGGUCGUUGAUUUCGAAGAGUUUCAUCACAUGAUGGCAUGCUCGUGAGUGUUAUACUAAUUGAUUCAACGUACAAAACAGAUGGUUGCAUGCAUGGCAUGAUUAACUGAGAUAUAUAUAUUUAAUUUAUUUGUUAUUUCAUUCUUCUACGGAUCAUAGUUGUUCCUGUGAUUACUGACUGCAUUGUGUGUUGUUUUGUAUUAAUCCUCGAGUUGUAAAUAUCCUUUUUGCAGUUAGUUGUAUAUAUACCAUUCUUAUAUGUUGUA